AUGUCAGUAUUACCUAAAGCUCGAGGACAAAAUAAAGAUAACAAAUUUAUGACAGACAUUAAGAAAUUUAUGAACCAGAAGAUUCGGGUGAAAUUCGAUGGAGGCAGAGAAGUUGUUGGAAAUUUAAUUGGUCAUGACGCUAUUUUCAAUUUAGUUUUAGAUAAAACACAAGAAUAUAUAAGAGACCCAAACGACAGCUUUGUUAUAACAGAAAAAACCAGAAAUAUUGGUUUAAUUGUAGCAAGGGGAACAUCGGUUGCCCUGAUUACACCAGUUGAUGGUACACAAGAAAUAUCGAAUCCUUUUAUAUCAGAAAAAGAUUGA